CCCCCCUCCCUCCCCUUCUUCUGCUCUUUCCCCUCUCCCCCACUUCUCUCGUCUUCCUCUUCGACUCUUGCAGUUUAGUCCACUCCAUUCCCACCAAAAUUCCUCUCUACUCCCAAAUUCCCCCCACCCCUCCCGGCGAAUUCCCCCCCUCCGCCGCUCGAUUCGGCGCUCGAAUCCGCCGUCUCCGCCGCCAAUUCGCUCGGUCCGGCGGUUCGCUGAUCCACUCUCUCGUUUUUUUGUUUUUUUUUUACCUUCUUACGCGGCGAUUCGGGGUGUAUGAGCUCGGUUUCGCGGCGGGUUGGUUGAUUUGCUCCGCCGCGUCGGAGGGCGGCGGCGCGGGGAAGAGGGGGGCAUGUGGGUUUCGCUGGUCUGGAUCCGUGGGUGCGUGGGCGUCACGUUCGUCGACUACUUGGGCGGGAGGGAAGCCGAGUAGAUCCUUUUACGCGGUGUGCCGGGGAGGGAGGUGGUGGUUGAGGUUGAGGUUGACGAGGGGUUCUAGGGUUUCGGGGGCGGGGGGCCAUGGAGGCUGCCCGGGUCGGGGCGCAGAGCCGCCACCUGUACGGCGGAGGGCUAGGCGAGCCUGACAUGGACAGGCGCGACAAGAGGCUGUUCGGCUGGGACCUCAACGACUGGCGGUGGGACAGUGACCGCUUCGUCGCUACGCCGGUGCCCGCCGCGGAGGCGAGCGGCUUGGCGCUGAACAGCUCGCCGUCUUCCUCCGAGGAAGCCGGGGCCGCGUCGGUGAGAAAUGUUAAUGCUAGAGGUGACUCCGAUAAGAGGAAGCGGGUGGUGGUCAUUGAUGAUGAUGAUGUGGAGGAUGACGAGCUGGUGGAGAACGGCGGCGGGUCACUGAGCUUGAGAAUUGGGGGUGAUGCUGUUGCCCAUGGAGCAGGGGUGGGUGGUGGUGCUGAUGAGGAAGACAGGAAUGGCAAAAAGAUCAGGGUGCAGGGAGGCAGUCCUAGUGGCCCCGCGUGCCAGGUGGAGGGCUGCACUGCGGACCUUACUGGUGUGAGGGAUUACCAUCGACGACACAAGGUCUGCGAGAUGCAUGCCAAGGCUACCACUGCUGUGGUUGGGAACACUGUCCAGCGGUUCUGCCAACAAUGUAGUAGAUUCCACCCUCUUCAAGAAUUUGAUGAAGGGAAGCGAAGUUGCCGCCGACGUUUAGCAGGCCACAACAGACGAAGGAGGAAGACCCGCCCUGAAGUUGCUGUUGGUGGUUCUGCAUUUACUGAGGACAAAAUUAGCAGUUAUUUAUUGUUGGGUCUCCUUGGAGUAUGCGCCAAUUUGAAUGCUGACAAUGCUGAGCAUUUAAGAGGUCAGGAGUUGAUAUCUGGUCUUUUGAGAAACCUGGGGGCAGUUGCCAAAUCAUUGGAUCCAAAAGAACUCUGUAAACUCUUGGAGGCAUGCCAAAGCAUGCAAGAUGGAUCAAAUGCUGGGACCUCUGAAACAGCUAAUGCUUUGGUAAAUACUGCUGUAGCAGAGGCUGCAGGGCCAUCUAACUCUAAGAUGCCUUUUGUGAACGGUGAUCAAUGUGGCCUGGCAUCAUCAUCUGUUGUACCAGUACAAUCAAAGUCUCCCACUGUUGCAACUCCUGACCCUCCAGCAUGCAAAUUUAAAGAUUUUGAUUUGAAUGACACUUAUGGUGGCAUGGAAGGUUUCGAGGAUGGGUAUGAAGGUUCACCUACACCAGCUUUCAAGACAACUGAUUCUCCCAAUUGUCCAUCAUGGAUGCACCAAGAUUCUACUCAAAGCCCACCACAGACUAGUGGCAAUUCAGAUUCAACAUCAGCUCAGUCACUGUCAAGCUCAAAUGGAGAUGCUCAGUGUCGGACUGAUAAAAUUGUCUUCAAGCUUUUCGAGAAAGUUCCUAGUGAUUUACCUCCAGUUUUGCGAUCACAGAUUCUUGGUUGGUUGUCCAGUAGCCCUACUGAUAUAGAGAGCUAUAUUAGACCUGGUUGUAUUAUUUUAACAGUAUAUCUUCGCUUAGUUGAGUCUGCAUGGAAAGAGCUCUCUGAUAAUAUGAGCUCAUACCUGGAUAAGCUUCUGAAUAGUUCCACCGGCAACUUUUGGGCAUCUGGUUUGGUAUUUGUAAUGGUACGGCAUCAGAUAGCUUUCAUGCAUAAUGGUCAACUUAUGUUGGACAGACCACUUGCAAACAGUGCUCAUCAUUACUGCAAGAUUUUAUGUGUGAGACCAAUUGCUGCUCCUUUUUCAACAAAAGUGAAUUUCAGGGUAGAAGGCUUGAACCUAGUCAGUGAUUCCUCAAGGCUAAUUUGCUCAUUUGAAGGGAGUUGUAUAUUCCAGGAAGACACCGAUAAUAUAGUUGAUGACGUUGAGCAUGAUGAUAUUGAAUAUCUGAACUUCUGUUGUCCUCUCCCUAGUUCAAGAGGGAGAGGAUUUGUGGAGGUUGAAGAUGGUGGAUUUAGCAACGGCUUCUUCCCUUUCAUAAUUGCUGAGCAGGACAUAUGCUCUGAGGUCUGUGAGCUGGAGAGCAUAUUUGAGUCCUCCAGUCAUGAACAGGCAGAUGAUGACAAUGCCAGGAACCAAGCUUUAGAGUUUCUAAAUGAGCUGGGCUGGCUUCUUCAUAGAGCAAACAUAAUAUCUAAACAGGAUAAGGUUCCUCUAGCAUCCUUUAACAUAUGGAGAUUCAGAAAUCUUGGUAUAUUUGCCAUGGAGCGGGAAUGGUGUGCUGUGACCAAACUGCUGUUAGAUUUCUUAUUUACUGGACUCGUUGAUAUCGGGUCCCAGUCUCCAGAAGAGGUGGUGUUGUCAGAAAAUCUGCUACAUGCUGCCGUGCGGAUGAAAUCUGCCCAAAUGGUUAGGUUUCUGCUGGGAUACAAGCCAAAUGAAAGCCUGAAGAGAACUGCAGAGACAUUCCUAUUCAGACCUGAUGCUCAAGGCCCUUCCAAAUUUACCCCCCUCCAUAUAGCAGCUGCCACAGAUGAUGCAGAGGAUGUAUUGGAUGCACUUACUAAUGAUCCUGGACUGGUUGGGAUCAACACGUGGAGAAACGCGCGAGACGGCGCAGGCUUCACCCCAGAAGACUACGCUCGCCAGAGGGGCAACGAUGCUUACCUGAAUAUGGUCGAGAAGAAGAUCAAUAAGCAUCUUGGCAAAGGCCAUGUUGUCCUCGGCGUCCCUAGCAGCAUACACCCUGUAAUAACCGAUGGUGUGAAGCCUGGUGAAGUCAGCCUGGAGAUCGGCAUGACCGUGCCGCCGCCAGCACCGAGCUGCAACGCCUGCAGCCGUCAGGCCCUGAUGUACCCCAACUCGACGGCGAGGACCUUCCUGUACAGGCCAGCGAUGCUGACCGUGAUGGGCAUCGCCGUCAUCUGCGUCUGCGUCGGCCUGCUACUCCACACCUGUCCAAAGGUUUAUGCAGCUCCUACAUUCAGAUGGGAGCUGUUAGAACGUGGACCAAUGUGAGGAGGAGCUUAGAAUGGAAUAAGUGUAGUUGUGUUUUACGUAAGUCGAGAGCUUAGUGUGCUGGCUAAGAUCAAAAUAACAGUACUAUGUGAGGAGGAUGAUCCUUUGUAUUUAAAGCAGGAUCGUUUCGUUUAUAUAAAAGCUUACAUACCGUCAUUAUUAAUUAUUAUUGAUUAGUUAUUAUUAUUUAUAUUAUAUUUACCGCCUAACAUGUAAACAGAACAUAUGUUCCAUAAAAUUCAUGGUGUGGUUGUAGAAUUCAUUCUUUCCAGA